AUGUCGGACUGGAAAUCUUCACUUUCCGCUCUUGACAGAUACAAAGUAAUACAAAACCUCCAAGAGACCUUAUCCCCCGAUAAACGCAGCGACGCCAUAUCCAUCGAGCAAGAUGCCUAUCAGCACUCAUCUACAAGGGAUGAAUAUGAUGCAAUGGUUAAUGCGGGUUCUCGCAAGUCAAAGGACAAUUCUCCAUCACCCUCAGAUACAGGCAUCCGUAUUGGCAAAUAUAAUAACUGCACCCUCAUCGCAGACGGAGUCACGUCUGAAGUAUAUCGCUCAAACAACCGUGUCCUAAAAGUAAUCAUUCAGCACAAUAUUGAACCACAUAACCCCCAAAGAGAAGCGUCGAUUCUUCAAGAACUGCAUUCUCUAACCCCAGUGCCUGAAAAGAUCAUCACCCUCACAGAGACGUUCCGGGACCAAGAACAGCGCUUUGUUCUUGUCUUCCCAUACCUGCCCAUGACGCUGGACAAUCUCAUCUCUUCUAAAUCGAUAUCACUCAGUCAAGCGAGAUCCAUAUUCAGAGAUGUUCUCACCGGGCUGACAUUCAUGCACAAACACGCCAUUGUUCAUCGCGAUAUCAAGCCUUCGGCCGUACUGUUACAGUCCCCCUCUGGCCCAUCGUACAUAUCUGAUUUUGGGACUACCUGGCACCCCCGAUUAUCUAGCUAUACCGAACCGCAAAAUGACAAGGUCCUCGACAUUGGCACAGGAGCGUAUCGCGCCCCAGAAGUAUUAUUCGGGAAUAAGGGCUACGGCACAUCGGUCGACAUGUGGGCCUUGGGCGUCAUGCUCGCAGAGGUUAUUUCGUCGCCGCCGGUACCGCCGUUCGAAUCACGUCCCGCGCACGAAGACGGCAAUCAGCUUGGUCUGAUACUGAGUAUUUUCAAGACCAUGGGCACCCCGACGCCAGAGACUUGGCCAGAAGCAAAGGGGUUCAAGGUCACUCCGUUUGAGCUUUGGACCGUAUUUCCACAACGUGAUUGGGCUGAUAUUUUGCCUGAAGUGGAUGAGGAGUUUAGAAACCUUGUGAGCAGGUUGGUGUGUUUUGAGUCUGGCAGGAGAGAUACCGCCGAGGAGGCUCUAAAGCAUGUGUGUUUUACGACAAGAUAA